UUCUCUUUUAAUAUUGACAAGUAUUUCUCCACAUGUAAAACUCAGAUCAAAUGUAAUAAUACUUGAACGUUCAAAGCCAAGAGAAGAGAGACAAAACAACUACACUAGUUCUGGUCAUCUUCUCAAGUCUCAGUCUCAGUUCUCCCAUUUUUGUGCCGAGUCCACUGCAUCCUUUGUAAAGCCUUCACAGACUUCUUCUCUCUAUCUCUCUUUCUCUUUUCUCUUUCUUGGAAUUUAUGAUUAGACGUGGUGGGCUAUCCAUGGAUUCAGAUCCAAUUGGGAGCUUCUUCCUCCAUAAGCCAAUUGUUCUCAACUCUUUCUCAGCUGAAGACACAAACAGCCACAACCCCGAGUGGAAAAAACUCAGUCUUCACAACAACAACAACAUGGAUGCCACAGUUACCACAAAAGACUACACCAUCCCCUUCCGAAUCAACCUUAGCUGUUCUUCUGCAGACAAUCAUGAUGAUGCUUCUUCACCAACAUCUCUCCAUAGCAGAACCGAGAUGGACUUCUUCUCCGACAAGAACAGUACCAAAGAUGAUGACAACAACAUCGUUGCUGCGGCUGGUUCUGCCUCUCUCCCCGACAAUGAUCAUCAUUCCAUCUCUCCACCCACGUUGGAUUUAAAAGUAAACACUUGUCUGAAUCUUCUUACUACCAAUGCUAGUAGCGAUCAAUCUAUGGUGGAAGAUGAGAUAUCACCCAAUUCAGAAGACAAAGAAACUAAGAAAGAGAUGGCUGAUCUUCAAGGUGAUCUUGAGAGAAUGAAAAGGGAGAAUCAAAAGUUGAGGGACACGCUUGAUGAGGUUAACACCAACUACAACGCGCUUCAGAUGCACUUUAUGAAUAUGAUGCAGGAGCGGAAGGGCGAGGAAGGUGAAGAUCAGCAAGAAGUGUCUGAUGGCAAGGUUAAAGAGAAGAAGCAGGGUCAGAGUGGUGGUGGGGUAUUGGUGUCAAGGCAGUUUAUGGAUCUUGGGUUGGCUAGCGCUGAUAUUGAACCCUCAUCUUCAUCAGGGGGAAUAAGAAGUCAAGAUAGAUCAGGAUCACCCAACAUAGAUGUGGCUUCCAAGGGAUUAGGGACUAGUAACAAUGAUGGGAAUAAUAGUGUUAAUGAUGAAGAAGAGAAGGAGUAUGAUAGAGGGAUUGAGAGCGAAGAUAGUCCUUCAGGGCAUGCUGAUAAAGUUCCAAGGUUCAGUAGUCCUUCAAAGAAUAAUAAUGUUGAUCAGGCUCAGGCUGAGGCUACUAUGAGGAAGGCAAGAGUUUCUGUUAGAGCUCGAUCCGAAGCACCCAUGAUUACUGAUGGGUGUCAAUGGAGAAAGUACGGGCAGAAGAUGGCCAAAGGAAACCCAUGUCCUAGAGCUUAUUAUAGAUGUACCAUGGCUGCUGGUUGCCCAGUUAGAAAACAGGUACAAAGGUGUGCUGAAGACCGAACAGUCCUUAUCACAACCUAUGAAGGAAAUCACAACCAUCCUUUGCCUCCAACAGCAAUGGCAAUGGCACAAACCACAUCCUCAGCAGCAAGAAUGUUGCUUUCUGGAUCCAUGUCAAGUGCUGACAGCAUAAUGAAUGCAGACUUCCUCACAAGGACACUCCUUCCUUGCUCUUCAAGCAUGGCCACUAUCUCAGCUUCUGCUCCAUUCCCAACAGUUACAUUAGACCUAACUCAUUCUCCAAACCCUCUACAGUUCCCAAGGCAGCAGCAUCCAAACCAGUUGCAAAUUGGUGUCCCUCAGAAUUUUGCAAACUCCCCAUCAUCUUUAAUGCCUCAGAUAUUCGGACAAGCACUUUACAACCAAUCAAAGUUUUCUGGCCUACAAAUGUCAUCACAUGAUACAGCAGACCCUUCUUCACAAUUUGGUUACCAACCUCAUCAGGUUCCACCACACCUUGCUGACACAGUUGGUGCUGCCAUUGCUACUGAUCCCAAUUUCACUUCAGCAUUGGCAGCUGCUAUCACUUCCAUCAUUGGUGGUGCUCAGCAACAACACAGCAACAUUAAUAAUAAUAGUAACAAUAAUGUCAACAUGACAGCCAACAUCAACAAUGGCAAUGGCAACAGCAAUGGCAACGGAAAGCAAUAAAAUCAGCAAUUCCAAUAGGGAAUUAGUUGACCCCUUUCAAUUUUUUUACGACAUUAAUUUAAUUUGAUUAAAUUAAUUAAGUUGAUUUUAUGACCUUUUUAUUUGUUCAUUUGUUUUUUUUUUUGGGAUGCAGGAAACCGUUACUAUUUGACAUAGAUAAUUUUUUAUUUGGUUAUAGACUUUAAUUAUAUCA